AUGGCUGUGUCCCCUCCUAACCCCUUGUGCCUGCCAGCCUGCUCGCUGGCUGUGCUGCAGGAGCAGCAGAACGGCCCUGGGUGCUAUGCAGGCUGGGGGCAGCUCUGCCUGGGCUGCCUCGAGCACAGACACCCCAACUGGCCCAACCAGCCCAGCGUGGAGCCACGGUCCUGGAGAGAGGCCUUCAAACAGCACUACUUGGCCUCCAAAACCUGGACCAAAACCACACAGGACCUGGACUCCUCCAACUGCCUCUCCCUCUUCCGGAGGCGGAAGGGCCGGCGCCAGCUCUGUGUUGGCGCUGGGGGUGAGUUCGGUAGCCUUCGGGCUGCCCUGGCCGCCGCCAGCCCCUACGACCGCCUAGUGCUGCUGCCCGGUGUGCAUGAGGAGCAGAGCGAGGUGUUGCUGAAGGUGCCCGUGGAGGUUGUGGGGCAGGGCAAGCUGGGGGAUGUGGCAGUGCUGGUGAGCAUUGACCAGCACUGCCCCACUGCCCGCCUCUGCAACGUGGUCUUCAUGCCAGCCCGCUUCACCUCGGUGCUCUACAAGACAACCUCAGGCUACGUCCAGUUUGACAAUUGCAACUUCGAAAAUGGGCAGCUGCAGAUCCAAGCACCGGGGACAUGUCAGGUGAAGUUCUGCACCUUCAGCCAGUCCAGCAUCCACCUCCGCAGCAUGGCCCUCUGCAUCCUGCAGAACUGUGAGUUCACUGGCAGUGAGAAUGCCUCUGUAACUGUGGAGGGCUGCCCGAGCUCUGACCGUAACUGGGCCUGCAAGCACCUGGCUGCGCUGGCCAAGUGCUGUGCCGUGUCCAUGUGGGAGCCCGACCAAGCUGGCUGCCCCGUGGCCAAUAGGGAUGGCUGGGGGGAAUCACUGCUGGGGCCAGUGAAAACGUGCGAGAUUGUCGUAGGGGAAGAACGAAGCAGCUUCAUCUCUGCUGCGGGUGCUCAAGCCAUGGUUGGCUCAGCCCAGGAGGACACUGAGUUUGGAGAGAACCUGCGAGCAGCAAAGGAGGAGGAGGAGGAGUACCCAGACCUUGACUCAGACUCCAGUGACAGUGACUUACACAGCGAUGAUGAGGAGGAUGCUCAGGCUGUGUACAAACUGCCCUAUCAAGCCCACAGCCUGAGUCACACGUUUGCUGACAUUACAGACAGCAGGCUUCAAAGCAACAGACUGCACGCCCUUCAGAAGGACCUUAAGCUCAAGUCUCUGCAGCAUGAGCUGCAGCAGGACAAGGAGGCCCAGUCUUUGGCCAACUCUCUGCAAGGCUGCAUCAUCCGACAGUGCCUUUUCAGGGAUGGGAAGGGAGGAAUAUUCAUUUAUUCACGAGGGCAAGCAAAACUGGAAGGAAGCAUCUUCAGGGAUCUGACCUAUGCAGUGCGCUGCAUACAAAACAGUAAGGUUAUCAUGCUGAGGAAUGACAUCCACCAUUGCAAAGCAUCCGGAAUAUUCCUGCGCCUGUCAGCAGGAGGCCUGAUUGCAGACAACAACAUCCAUUCGAACUGCGAGGCUGGAGUGGACAUUCGUAAGGGAGCAAACCCCCUUGUUCUGUGCAAUAAGAUACACAGUGGCCUUCGCUCAGGCAUUGUCGUCGUUGGCAACGGAAAAGGCAUCAUCCGUAGCAAUCAGAUCUAUGGGAAUAAAGAAGCUGGCAUUUAUAUUCUGUAUAAUGGAAACCCUGCUGUGAGUGGGAACCAUAUUUUCCAGGGACUGGCUGCUGGAAUAGCAGUGAAUGAGAAUGGGAGAGGCCAAAUCACAGGAAACGUCAUCUAUGAGAACCAGUGGGGUGGGGUGGACAUCCGCCAUGGGGGCGACCCUGUCCUCAGGAACAACCUCAUCUCCUGUGGCUACUCGGAUGGCGUGGUGGUGGGCGAGCAUGGGAAGGGCCUCAUUGAAGGAAACACCAUUUACGGCAACAAGGGCUGUGGUGUGUGGAUGAUGUCCUCCAGCCUCCCGCACCUCAUCAACAACCAGAUCAGCCACAACAGCAUCUACGGGGUGGCGGUGUUCUGCCACAAGGAUGACGCUGGUGACUACCCCCCUGGUCAGGGAGGCAGCGAGAGCUUCCAGGAGGAGAGGGAGGGUGCCGGUGGGGAGAACGACCCCGACAGCGAGGAGGAGUACCCAGCUGCCCAGCAUCCCAUCAGUGUGGCACUGGUGGAGUUGAACAGCAUCAACCACAACGGAGCUGCUGGGUUGCAUGUCAAGAGCAGCGAAGCGCUCAACAUCAUUGCCAAUGUAAUUCACGCCAACCGCGAUGGCGGGGUGGCAGUGUUGCAGAGCAGCCAGCUGACAUACAUUGCAAACAACAGCAUUUCCUGCAACAGCCGGGGAGGCGUGCUGGUGGAGGCCGACUGCCAGGUUGAGCUGCGUGGCAACGGCAUCUAUGCGAACAGCAGCCAUGGCAUCGUCUCCAAGGGCGAGGGUGUCAUUGCAGAGAAUGACAUCAUCGGCAACCACAGAUGUGGCCUUCAGCUGCUCCAUGCAGCAGACAUGAAGGUGACCAAGAACAGGAUCCAGUCCUUUCGGGACUAUGGGAUUGCUCUCUUUGAUGAAGCCAAAGGCCUGGUGCAGGAAAACCUUAUUUUCCAAGGGAGAUCCAAGAAAUCCAUUUUGCGACCAGUAUCAAAUAAAGAGGAUUGCAUCAUCCAAAACAACAUGCUUCUCACCUUCAAGAAAAGGUUUGAUAUGGAGUGCAUGCUGGUCAACCCCCCAGCACGACCUCACCUUGAAGGAGGUGCCCCAGUGUCCUGCACGGCGGCUGGUGGUCAGAGGGUUUCCAGCAUAACCACCAGGGUGGAUGGCCCCUGCCACAACCAUGGGAGCUUCUUCUGCACCAUUCUUUGA